AUGAGCACUGAACUCCAGCAGGUCCAGAAAGUGUGGGAUCGUACUCGCCCUAACAGCCCCAUCUAUGAAUUCCUUCUAAAUGCGAUUGAAAUCUAUGAGGCUGAGAAGGGAGUCGUUCGAGCUCGAAUUCAAGUCACCCCUCACCAUCUCAAUUCCAAGGGCUCAUUACAUGGUGCCUUCUCGGCAUGUGUGACUGACUGGGCAGGUGGAAUGGCUAUCGCUUCCCACGGAUUGGACUCUACAGGAGUCAGCACAGAUAUCCAUGUCAAUUACCUCUCAACGGCGACUGACGGUGAUUGGCUUGAAAUCGAAAGCCGUGCCAACAAGGUGGGCAAAUCACUUGCUUUUACAACUGUCACGAUCUCGAAAAAGACCGAGGAAGGCCUCACCAUUGUGGCUCAGGGCUCGCACACCAAGUAUGUGCGAACACGAUCAGCAUGA